AUGCAAACGACCAAGUACGAUGUCUUCGCCAGACUCAAAGCAAACUACUCCGAAACCGUACUUCCGCCACCACCGCCACCGCCACAAAUCACCCCGUCGACGCUAAUAUCCUUCACCGUGGUGGUGGCGGUGGUCUGCUUCGUGGGUUUCAGUAUUCUCUGCUUCUUCAGGUGCUGUUUCGUGAACAUAAGCUCCACCACCCUCGUUCAUCUUUCUCCCAAUGCUUCUCCCUUCAGAGGCCUCGACCCUUCACAGCUGCAAGCGUUCCCCACGUUCCUCUACGCCACCGUGAAGGAUCUCCGCAAGGAGAAGAAUCAGUAUUCAUUAGAAUGCGCCAUUUGCUUGUUGGAGUUCGACCAUGACAGCAUGCUGAGACUCUUAACCGUUUGCUACCAUGUUUUCCACCAAGAGUGCAUCGAUUUGUGGCUAAGGUCACAUAAGACUUGCCCCGUUUGUCGCACGGAUCUUGAUCAGUCACCAUUGAUCACAAACAAAUCUCCAGAACACCAAAACGUGGACAAUAUUGUAGAACAAGAGAUCAGCACAGAUCAUCAUCACGUGUGCAUUGAUGUAAAAGAAGGUGAUGAUAGUGAGGGCAUGCAGGAACAGAAGAUUGAAUUUGCACGUUCACACUCAACGGGACAUUCCAUAGUUAUGGUUAGAGGAGAAGGGAGACAUGCUGAUAAAUAUACGUUGAGAUUGCCGGAGAAUGUGGCGUUCAAAAUUGUAAAAGGAGGGCACAACUACUCCAAGAGUUGUUCUAGUUCCAAAGAUAUGGCAAGGCUUGCUGCGCCUUGCAGGAAUUGUGGUUAUGUUCAAACUGUAUUUCAAAGUUCCUCAUCCCGUAGUGAUAUAAAAAAUAUUUAA